GUUUCAAACAUGGAAGGGUACUGCGUACGCAAGUUUCCCGCCAAAACUUAGUCCUACUGUCGUAUCAGAUGCAACGUUGGGUCUGUUUGGAAGAUGUUAAAAUUUACUUAAUAAACAUUGUUUAUAAUAAAAUAUUAAACGCUGAACAAUGGAUCCAAGUGAAGUAGAAUUUAUCGGUGAAAAAGAAUUAGUCACCAUUGUGCCGAAUUUUAGUUUUGACAUGAUUCAUUUAAUUUCGGGAUCUGUGGGCCCUUUUCGAGCCGGUCUACCUGUAAAAGUUCCAAUUUGGUUGGCUGUAAACCUGAAACAGCAACAAAAGUGUCGAAUCGUUAAUCAAGACUGGAUGGACGUUGAUGGCUUAAAUGAGACGAAGGAGGAAGAAAAGUUAUCCAAAUUGUUUAUAAAAAUGCCCAGUAAUCAUUACAUGGAAGAAGCACAGCUUUUACUGAAUGUUGGUAGUGAUGAUAUACCAGAUGCGGACAGAAUAAAGACAGCAGUGAAGGAUAUAUGGGACAUAAGAAUGUCAAAGCUCCGUACAUCGAUAGAUGCAUUCCUUAAAAGCGAAGGUUUACAUGCUAAGCUGGAUCAUUUAACUGCCAUGGAAAUCAACAGUGUUCGUCCAUUAUUGCCACAUGCUCUGGAUCAAAUGCUAAGGAUUCAAACCAUAUCUGAUGGAAAACUGACACAAUCUCAUUAUACUGGGACAUCGCAAUAGACUGAUCACUAGACGAUGUUUUUCUUUUUCAUGUAUAAUCUAUCGUAAUUUCUAGAUUGUAAAUAUACAUGUAUAUAUUGAGUAUUGAUAUGAAGUAUUUAUAAUGCAUUUCUGUUGAUUUCGUGUAACGAAAUAAAGAAAAUAAGGAAUAAAAUGAUGUUCACAGUAUGUAAUAUACGAAUACGA